AUGUCUCGAUUCGGCACCAAGCUGCGCUCUGCAGUUCAAGCCCAACACACCCAUCAGCACAAUGCCAACGACGAAGGCGAGAAAGACUUUGGGAAAUGGUCAAACGUGGACCUGCAGCCCUCACCACCAAGUGAGCGAAACUGGUCGCCUUGGUACUACUUUGCAUUCCAGUUCAGCAUCGCCUUCUCGCCUACCACAUACAACAUUGGCUCAUCACUGUUCUCCAUUGGUCUGACAUGGUGGACCAUCAUCAUCGCGAGCUUCUUGGGGACGGGACUAUGCUGCUGCGUGCUGUUUGCCAAUGCUCGAGGGCCGACGCUGUAUCAUGUUGGCUUCCCAGUCUACACCCGCAUCUCCGCCGGCAUCUACGGCAGCCUCUUCUUCAUCUUCAUCCGCGCCGUCGUCGCCGUCUUCUACAUGGGCACGCAAACCUAUUACGCUUCCCGCCUCAUGGACGUCUCGCUCCGCUGCAUCUUCGGCAGCUCGUGGGAAAACAUCCCUAAUCACCUCCCAGAAUCGGCUGGCAUUACGACGGCGCAGAUGGUGGCUUUCCUUUUGACAUGGCUGUUCCAAUUCCCGUUCGCCUGGCUCCAUCCUAGCAAAGCUGGCCCGCUGUUCGUGGUGAAGUCGGUCCUCUCACCGACUGCAUACAUUGCGACUAUGAUCUGGGCGCUGGUCAAGUUCGGUGGCGUGGACCUGAAUCUCGGCGAGAAGAUAUCCGGAACGGAUCUUGGAUGGGGCUUCAUGAGGUCUAUUAAUACUGUGGUCUCUGGCGUCGUGCCUCCUAUGGUGAACAUCGGCGACCUGGCUCGGUAUGGCAACAGGCCACGGGACGUCUUCCCGCUUACGCUUGGACUGUUCCUUUCGAAGCCUGCUGUGAUCAUGCUCGGACUUUUCACCACUGCGGCGGGAGCGAAGCAUUACGGCGUAGCGAACUGGAAUCUCUGGGACUUCUAUGGCUUGGUCCUGGACGAAUACUGGAACUCAGGGUCGAGAACGCUGGUCUGCCUGGGUGCGUUCAUCCAAUGCUUCGCAACCAUCGUCACGAACGUAUCAAGCAACGCUAUCCCAGUCGGAUGCGAUCUAUCUGGCCUGUUCCCAAAGUACUUCACCAUCGUGCGAGGAAUGAUACUCUGCCAUCUGCUGGUCUGGCCUGUGGUACCUUGGCUGCUGGUGAACUCCGCGGAGAACUUCUUGACCUUCCUAGGCAGCUACAUCUGCUUCAUCACGCCCGUGGUAGCCAUUAUGAUCGUGGACUACUACUUCAGCCGCAAAGGCAACAUUCACGUCCCGUCGCUGUACCAGCCGGAGACCAGCUCGCCGUACUACUUUACCAAAGGCUUCAAUCUGCGAGCCUAUGCGGCGUGGGUAGUCGGCGUAGUUCUUGUCAUCAGCGGGAUCGCCGGCGCCAUCAACCCCGGCUCGAUCAGCAAUACUGCUGUCAACAUCUACUAUUGCGGUUUCAUCUUGUCCUUUUCUGGAGCGGCUGUGACUUACUACCUCCUCUGCUUGAUUUGGCCGGUGCAGGUGUAUCCGACUGGGAGGCACGAAGGCGGACAUGAGGAGAGGGAAGCAAUGGCGCCCACCGAAGGAUUCUUCAUGGACGACAGUCCUCUGCCUGGCUAUAUCCGGGAGAAAAUGCUCUUUGGGGAGGAGCCGCUGUCUUCCUCACCAGAAGCAGAAACACCAGUUGUGGCGGGCAAAGAGUUCGAUGGCUCGGAGAAGAAAUGA